AUGAGCGCCGCGAUUAGUGCUGGUCCAUGCAACCCUAGUCGUCUCAUACUCCAAUCGCGGAUCCAGAAGUGUCCAGAAGCCGAGAAUGAGCGUCGCGAUCAGUGCUCACCUAGGUCAUUGGCCCCACCGUUCGACAUGAACUACAUCACGAUCGACUUCUGCAACGUGACGAUCCUUUACACCCACCCAGGACAAAACGACAGCGUCACCCUCACAGUCUGGCUGCCUCUCACACGCGCAAAAUGGACGGGGCGCUUCCUAGGCCAGGGCGGCGGAGGCUGGAAAGCAGGUGAUCCGGUACAGCUCUCCCCAGUCGUAUCGCUGGGCUAUGCUAGCGCGAGCACGGAUGCUGGAAGGAACAUCUACGGCACUCGCGACGAAGUGGUGUACAGUUCCAAGAACUGGUCAUUGCGGGCCAAGGGAGAGGUGAAUCGGGUUUGGCUGGAGAAUUUCGCGAGCCGGGCGUUGGGGGAACUUGCGGUGGUGGGCAAGGCAGUGGUGAAGGCGUAUUACGGCGAGGAAGCGAGGUUUUCGUAUUGGCAUGGGUGCUCGACGGGGGGUCGGCAGGGGAUGAUGUUGGCGCAGAAAUUCCCGGGGGCGUUUGAUGGAGUUUUGGCGGCGGCGCCGGCGAUUAAUUGGACCACCUUUUUGGUUGUUGAGUUUUGGGCGCAGCUGGUUAUGAAGAGGUUGGGGUAUUAUCCGCCGCCUUGUGAGCUGAAGGCCAUCACGAAGGCGGCUAUCGAGGCUUGUGAUGGGCUCGAUGGGGUUGUAGAUGGACUUGUCAGCGCGCCUGGAUUGUGCAAAUUCAAUGCUACCUCUGUUGUCGGGCAGAAGUAUGACUGCGAGGGAGAUAAGAGGACGAUCACGAGUGCUGCGGCAGAGAUCGCGAAUGCAGCGUGGACUGGUCCAAGUGACGCCAACGGCAAACCCGUGUGGUUCGGUCUUACGCGCGAGACGACACUCUACAAUUCGGAGCUCGGAAAAGGAUUAGUGAACACCAUCUGCGAUACCGAUAACAAGAAUUGUAAAGGCGAUCCUUUUCCCAUCAGCGCCGACUGGAUCCGGCAACUCAUUAUCAAGGACGAAGACUUCGAUGUCGGGAGUAUCACCGAGGAGUCAUACCUCGACAUCCUGCGCGCUUCGCGCGAGGAAUAUUUCUCGCAAAUGGACACCAGCGACCCUGAUCUGCGACCUUUCCAGAAGAAGGGCGGCAAGAUUGUCUCGUGGCACGGCCUUGCAGAUACGUUGAUCAUGCCGAAUGGAACCUCGACAUACUACGAUCGUGUCACCGCCAUUUCACCAGACGUUCGAGACUUCUAUCGAUUCUUCGAGGCUCCUGGCGUUGCUCACUGUGCUGGUGGUCCUGGUCCAGCUCCGUUACGCGCUCUGGAAAGCCUUGUCCGCUGGGUGGAGGAAAACGUUGCUCCAGAAGUUCUGGAUGCUCAGAGCGUGCCAACUUCUGCCGGAGAACCGGUCGUCUAUCGACCACUGUGCCCUUGGCCGAAAGUGGCGGCCAAGAGGAGCGGUGACCCUGGUCAAGCUUCGUCCUUUGCCUGUGCUGACUCAUUUGAUGCGGCUCCAAACGCUCACGAUGAGCUCUAG